AUGUAUUAAUCAUUCUCUAUCCUUUAUUAAGUAUUGGAAACCAGCUCAGGAACAGUGUUUAAAGUAGAAGAGAAAUUCUAAAAUAUUUCAAAAAUAUAUUAUGCUUUUUAAUUUAUUGAGUAACAGAUUAUGAGUGAAUCUUUAAGAGAUAAUAUAUAAAAANAACUUAGGUCCAAUAAGAAAAUGAAACCGGAUAAGUAGUUAUUGAUUAAGGAAAGCACUAGACAAUCUAAUUAGACAAAGGCUAGGUAACUUAAUUUUUUAAUUUAGAUUAUUCAAACUUAAGACAUAAUCGAAUUCGACAAUGUACCAAUCAUUUCUCCAAAUGGAGAUACUCUAAUUAAGGGUAUGUGUUUUAAAAUCACACCCGGAAUGAAUGUUAUCAUUAGUGGACCUAAUGGUUGUGGAAAAUCAUCUCUUUUCAGAAUUUUGGGAGCAUUAUGGCCAGUCUAAGGUGGUACCUUGUAUAGACCUGCAAUUGAUAAGUUAUUUUACAUUCCUUAAAGACCAUAUUUACCCCCAGGAACUCUCAGAGAUUAAAUCAUUUACCCUCAUACGAAAUUGUAGAUGUUAAGAAGAAAGAUUAAUGACUAAGAUCUGAUAAAAUUAUUAGAAGAUGUUUAGUUAGAAUAUUUAGUCUAUAGAGAGAGAGGUUUGGAUGCAGCAAAUGAUUGGAAUGAUGUCUUAAGUGGAGGAGAAAAACAGCGUAUUGCAAUGGCUAGAUUAUUCUAUCAUAAACCAUAAUAUGCUAUUUUAGGUAUCAUUACUAAUAUAAUUCGAUAGAUGAAUGCACAUCUUCUGUUAGCAUGGACAUUGAAGCAAUUAUGUACAAUAAAGCUAAAGCUUUAAAUAUAACCUUGUUUACAGUAUCACACAGGCAAUCAUUAUUUAAAUUUCAUGAAUAUAUUCUUAAAUUUGAUGGGGAGGGAAGAUAUUGGUUCAAUAAAUAAAAUAUUUGAGAAUAUUUAUAAAAUUAGAAAAGUAGUAAAAUGU